AAACGUCAGGCCAGGGGCUGGCAUUUUGGACUGAGGCGAUAAGUGACCAGGGAGCAACUUUCUGGGGUUCGCCUCUGUCAGGUCUCCGUGAUGGCCCAGAGACUAGAGACGUGGAGAGUGCUGGGAUGGGGCCCAAAAAGGAGAAAUGUUCUGAAAACCAGCCAACAACCUCGGGCAGGAUGUACAGAAGUGUCUGAAUAAGGCCGCAAUGUGACCUACUUUCCCAAGGCGCACACCACUCAGUCCCCCGGCUCUUUGCUGAGGCCUCAUGAUGAAGCGGCACAAGUGAGUCUCCUCGUUUUGCUCCAGGAGGUGAUUUCGACACGCCACACUGCAUCAGCCUACUUCCUGGGGACGGCAGGACAUGGCCCGGGCGCUGGGCAAUGGAUGGAAAUGGGACCGCCACCAUGAACUGCAUCAGGACGAGGAGGCCACUGAAGAAGAUGAGGACUUUGAGGGCCACGUGGCUAAGAAUGGAGAAGACGGACUGGCAGCGAGUCAGUGGGACCUCUCUUUCACUCAGGAUAACCCAGAGGAUGUUGGGCUCCUGGAAGAGCUGAAGUCCUACCAGGAGCAUCCGGGGGCAAGGGAACAGAGCUUUGAUCUCGACAGUGGUGGAGAGGCGGACCUGGGGAGCCCCCCACCUGAUAAUGCUGAAUACCAGGAGCAUGAUGGGAUCCAAGAGGAUCUAAGCCCUCUUUCCUAUUGGCAACUACAGAUAGCCGAGCGGUUGAGUGUGAUGGAAAAUGAGCAGGAUGAAGUCCGUUCCGAAGGCCAAAAGAAGCGAGGAGGGGCUUCAGAAGCAGGCAGUGAUGGGGAAGCCUACCCCGAGCUUUCUUACGAGGGACAGUAUGGUUCAGAGUACAGUGCCAGUCCAGAAGCUCUGAGGGAUCCCCUGGCUUCCUAUAAGCAUGACAAAUCCUACAGUUUUAUCUCAGAUGGUGGGGAGGAUUUCUCUGAUGGCUCCAAUAUUAGCCCUUCUCCUUCCAGGGAUGCUCCAGACUUGAGGACAGGUGCCUUUGCGGUCCGGAGCCUCCUUGGUGAUAGCUCAGAGUAUCCUGAGGAAAUAGAAUUUUCCUCCCCAUCUGCAAGGAGUCCAGAAAGCCACGCACUCAGUUCACCAGCAGAUUCCACACACUGGACUCAGAACCUCUUGGGCCACCUGUCAAUAGAAGACCUUCAGAAUUCUCCUGGAAUUGAUGCCGAGACUUUCCCGGAAUCUUCCUAUGCAGAAAACCUGGGUGAACCUGUGAGAACUGUAGUCAAGAUGGCCUCUGCCAGCACUACCCAAAGAAUCAAAGCUAUGGUUAAGCCUAAAGAACGACUAUUGGGUACAACUGGGAGGAUGGCAAUGCCUCAUGACAUAAGGCGAGUUGGGAGCCAGCCACCAGGAAGAGUGAGGAAGCUAAAAGCUGAUGUACCUCAUGGACUUCCUUCAAAAUUCAGCAGGCAGUCAAGGUCUCUGAGUCCUCAGGGAAGAACCCCCCAGAAAAAGGAGAGCUCAUGUCAACUGCACCCAGCAAGUCAAGUGACUCGGGUUGUGAGCAAUUCCUCACAGUACGGCCGAGGGCAGCUCAACUACCCACUACCCGAUCUCUCUAAAGUGGAGCCUCGAGUUAAAUUCCCCAAGGAUCCAGAGACUUACCACCCACCACGGGGGAAAUCUCCCCUCGCAAGAUCAAAGGGCUCAAGGAAACCUGUGAUCUUCAAAUCUCCUGCUGAAAUUGUCCGUGAGGUGUUGCUGAGCAGUGGGGAAGGCUCACCCCAGAAAUGUCCAGUCCCCACUGAAUCUGUGCUUCCAGAAGAAUUCAAAUCCCCCAGACAAGCCACAGAGCUGGUGCAGCAGCUUCAGGAAGACUACCACAAGCUUCUGACUAAGUAUGCUGAGGCUGAGAACACCAUCGACCGGCUCAGACUGGGUGCAAAGGUGCGCCUGUAUGCUGAUCCUCCAAAACCCAGCCAGAUUGACGAAAUGGGGACAAUAUCUCAGGGCUCCAAGGUCAUGACCUUCAGCAUCCCCCAAAUCAGAGCUGCAGAGGUGACAGGGAGGUCUGGCCCAGCACUUAGCUCUGCGCUGUCUGCUGCCUCUGAGACUCAAUCAGCAGGCCUUUCAAUACAUCAGGCUUCAACCUCGCUUCCCAGUUUCGUGGCUGGUGGCAAUCCCAGAGGAGAUGGCUACAACUCCAUGGAAAACCCAUUCUCGGGGGAUCGCUUGACUCAAGUGUUGGCUGCCCAAGCAAGAAAGUUUCAGGGCCAGGUGGAAUCCUUGGAGGAGUUAAUUCAGAUGGGGAGGAUGAUGCCACAGGAUCAGUUGAAGGCAUUUGCAAAGCUCAAGAAAGCCCAGGACGCCCUGGAACAAACCUACCUCCAGGCCCGGGAGGAGUACAGGCAGUCGCAGAACCUCCAGGAGCCUGCAGGGACUCUGGGAGACUUUGAUCCAGAUCGAGCAGUGGAAGGAGAAAUAUUCCGCCUGGAGAUGCGCUUAGAAGAACUGAAAGAGAGAAUUAACAAGGCGACUCAGCCUGCCACGCGGAGCAGCUCUCAGGCAGCCCCAUCCCCUGACUCUUGGCCUGCACAGACUUCAGACAUACAAACAGGAUCCCCGACACCAUCUAUUCAAGCCCCCGUCCCAGCUCUCCCCACUCCAUACCCUCAGGCUCCUGUCUCUAAGGACAGCCCCAGUCAAAUCCAGAAGGAUGUAACAGUGAGCUCCGUCAGUGACGAGGAUGAAGAGGAUGAAGAAGGCCUCCCAGAGCCCCUCUGCCACAAGCAGCUUCUAGUGGAGAAGGACUUUGAUAACCUCCUAGACCAUUACAGCAGCUUCAAGUCUUUGCCAGAGGUUUUGAGUAUAGAACAGCUGAACUUAUACAACUCUGGCUUAGCCCCUGAUGCUGUGGACAAUGUGGCUACAACAGGGUCUGGGAAAAAGGAUGGCCACCACAGAAGGACGUCUGAAGCUAAUGAGACCAUUCGCAUCUCAUCCUCGCAGCAGCCACAAGGUAAGGAAGCUCCAGAUGUGUCGCCAGAAAAGACCAGUCGUAUUCCCUCCACCCAAAUGGAGGAAUCAGUUCCCCUGGGAUCAGCAGAGAAAGGCAGACCCUCUCCUGUAAUUCCCAAGACUUCCUCCAGAAGGCAGCAGGUGCUACUGUCUCCUCAGGAGAGCAUGGCGAGUGUUGCAGGCAGUGGCACAUCAGAACACGCAGACCGGAAGUCCUUCUGGAAGACAAAUGUAGCAGUGUCUGAGGAUUUACGCAUUGUAUCUCCAGAGACAGACAGUGGAUUUGUGGGAUCUGAAGCCAGCAGGGUCUCCCCCCUGGCACAGUUGUCAAAGUAUCGUUCAUCCCAAUCUAGGUCCCAUGGCAUGCUGGGAAAACUUCCUCCACGGAUGACAGAUGCUGACACUCUCCUUCAUCUGGCAUCUAAGAGGAUAGAAUCUACAGCCAUGGAGUCACCAGAGACUGGUGUGUCAGCUAGCCAUACCCAACCAGAAGGAAGCACACAGAGACGUGGUCUUCACAGUCGUGGCACCUUCCAGAUGGGCUCACCUCCCCAAUGGACAAACAGUGUUGCUAGUGAGAUGGAGCCAGGCACAGAUAGCACUCACACUGACUCUGAUGGUGAAGUUCACAACAGAAGCAGCUCUUACAGGGCUCACCCUGAUGAAACAAGGGGUUCUCCAAGUUUCUCUGCCACUUUACUCACCCCAGCGAGAACUUCCUGGCACGGCCUUCUAGAUUCGCGCUUAGAACGAGAUCAGGCUAUUGCGGCUUUGAAGAGUGAAGUCUCGCAGCUGCGGCAAAGCCUUGAGAAGACCCUCCAACAGUCUCCUGGUCCCCCAAAGCAAUCAUCUUCCCCCCAUGGAUUGAGGACCCAACUGCCGUUCCAGAGCAGGGCCCGUAUUCCCAAAAGCGCCAAACUGAUGGGCAAAACAUCAAGAAAAGGUACUGUUGCAUCUGAAGAGCCACAUCCAGAGACUAAGCCCGAAGGACAGGAAAAGCGAGCGUCGCUUCAACCAAAUGAGUCCCAGCUGGAUUUCAGCCCUUCGGAGUCUGACAGUUCUCUGCUGAAGCCUCAGAAAACUAAAUCUCAGGAAGCUACCUCUUCUAGGGCAGAAUCUCGAAAGCAGUCCACCUUACAAGGACCUUAUACAGGGACACAGUAUUCUUCAUCCACCCCUUUGCCCCGAAAACCAAAGGUUCACAAGGGGUCUGACUCCUGCCCCCAUUGCCAAGAAAUCACAUCCCAGCCGGAAGAAGAACCUGAGCAUGAGCCAAAUGCCCUGGACCCUGAAGGCUGUCGUCUCCCCUCCAGUGAUUUAUUCAGGCCCACUCUGCACAGUGCUCGGAAGAAGACAGAACCAUGUCCUCUAUGUAAGGAUACCAAGAAUCGCAGGAGCAAAACAGCUCAUGGAGUGGACCACAGCAGAGAAACCACCUCAUCGCAAGACCACCGUGAGGAAAAGAAGCCCCAUAUCCGGCAGCAACCACAUCAGUCUGGUCUGUGGUAUUGGGCUCUCCCAUCCCCAGCCGCUUCCAUCAGCUACAUCCCCACCGUCCCCUUGGCAGCUUACCUCCCAUCAUCAGCAAUCUACUGUUCACCAACAGCACCUACCUCAGCUUCCUCUCCAGCUGGUGUACCUAUUAACAUCCCCGGUGGGUACCAAGCCAGUACACUGGGAGCAUGGCCCUCACAGCAACAACCUCCACAAGGCCACUCCUGUUCCCUGAUGUUCAACUUUGACGAAAUGCAAGAUCUCAACUGGGCACUGAACCGUGCCAUCAAUGCUGCCAAAGGGGUGAAACUCACCACCAAGCGGAUGAACAGGUCUCUUGCUUCGGAACUGAGCAAAGCUCGGCACCUGCGGGGAUCUUGCCUCUUCUAAGAGCAGAGGACUAUGGAACCCCACCCCCCACCUGGUUUACCAAGGAAAAGUGGACCAAGAAGCCUCUUCAGGAAACAUUCCUCACAUGUUUGUGUGCCAAAGUGCAACACCACAACCCCUUAAAUCUUCCAGGACAUCGCCUUGGGAACUUGGGACUAACAAGCCCACAACUAUCAGGGGAAUUCCCCAGCCUCCCAGGGAAAAAUUACAACCAAAUCUAGGCUGGAAGUCUAACUCUGGCACCAGUCCAUAAAGGCCCCCUCCAUUGGGAGUUUGGGUCAGCCAUCAGAGGCGCCUGGCCUUCCCCUUCCUUCCUGCCGCAUGAAGAAAAACUAUAAUCAUUUCCUGUUUCUUGCACCACCUCCGGUCUGCCCUUUUGCACGCCUUCCAUGCAGAGCUGGGAAAAGGCUAAAUGUCACUCUAAUCUGGCUUUUUGGUAAAACCCAAAAACUAGGUAGGGUGCAGAACAGCACUACCCUUUACCUGGCAUCCCUGCAGGUGAAAACCCUGAGUACGUUUUGCAUGAGAAGAUGGGAAAAAACAACGUGGUAUCAUCUCAGUAAUCCUGAUAUAGACCGUGGUACUGAGCACUGCAGAUCUCUACUACCCUGGAGAAAAAGGAGAGCCCAAGAUAGGUAUCUCCAGAAACUGGAAGCAAUGCCCUUUUUCUGUGGUAAGGGAUGGAGGGGGAGUGAUGAUUUUUUGAAAAAUGCGUGGCAGGGAGGAGGCCGUAUGGCUUAAUUUUUGCCUGUCAGUCCUUCUGUAGCCUUAGAGCUUUCCCUGUUGGGAAUAUCCUCUUCAGCCUCCUUUGCCUCUACCAGCCUUUGCCUUAAGCCUUUAAGCCCUUGGACCGCUCAGGAGCAGCUCCGGAAUGAUCAAUCCCUCCCGUUUGGAGCAGCUCCCAUUGCACAGAGAGCGAUAGACAUGGCUUUUUCCCGUCCUCCUCUAUGUCGGCCAGUUGGUUAUUUAUUUGUAAGGAACUCAUCAGCCACAUAGGACCGUCCGAAGGCAUCGCGGAACCAUUGCUGGCUGCCUGUGGAGUGGGGAAAGACGUCCGCACUUUAGUUUCUGUCAACUCUUCUCCUCGCCAAGCCAUACUAGAAACAGUGACCGGCCUUCGUGGAGAAAAAGCCCUUCCUGGGCUAAGUCCAGGCUGUGGUCCGAUCGAUGCAGAUGGCCUACUUCAGUGGUACUUACCUCAGGAUUUUUAUGCUCUUGUGUGAGAAGAAUGUGAGAGGAAAAAAAUCUGUUUUGUGGA